GCUAUAAAAUGCUUCAACACGGAGUCGGAGUUGAGCUGACGAGUGUCUGCAGUGUGCCGAUAUAAAAGUCCUUGAUUCCACAUCAACUAGGUCUCGGCUUAAUGUAAUCUCAGUCUGGAAUGCAAUGGUACCUGCAAUGAAAGCACGCCAUAACUGGGCCUUUACAGCGUGCCAGACUGCAAAUUUUAAUCUUACUUCAUUGUAGACGACAAAUCAGAUGACAUUAUAUGGAUAACACAAAAGAAGUAGAUGUACCAGAGAGGCGAUAAGAGCGUGGAAAUAACGUAGAGAGGGCCCUGGUGAAGGCUUGUGUACGGACGUAGAUGGAUGGUAUCUUGGACGACGGGCCAGACCAGCGCACGGGGUUUAGUUCUGCUUGGUGACGAUAACCAGGCACACAGAGAAAUUGAUGACACGGAUAGGUUGACAGCAUCGCCGAUGGAUUCGUGGAGAAGGAUGACAGCGCUGGAAGACGCUAGACGAUUUCUCAUCAAGUGGCUGUUAGCGCUUGGAAUACAUUUCAUAUACACGUCAUCUAGGGAUGUGAACGCCAGCCUGGACGCCGAGGUGAUCCAUGCCAACGUCAGCGCCCAAGGCCUGUACAACUCCGCGCCACCUGUGUAUCCUCUCAAAUCAGCUGAAAGCAGACAAACUAGUCGGGAUACCCACGGGGCUCUGUUCUUGAUCUGUGGAGUGAUCCUAGGGGUGCCAUUAGGGGUGUUGGCAGUCUGUGGGGUGAGGGAAUUCCUAUGUGCUAUGUACGAGAAGUAUCGUAUGGAGGCUUUAAGGAGACACUACCUGUACAGAAUGAAAAUUCCAGUGACUGUGCCGGUCAGAUGACGGCGUCGGUCACCCCCAUGUAAACUGAAUGACCCAGAGCCCCGGGCUGAGGACAUGGAAGAAUGGACUUAGGUUUAAGUCUAACCUCAGAUAAAGUGUGUUAUAAAGAAAAGACAUAUCCUUAAAUAACUCGAAAUUUUCUCGAAAUAACUUAAUUGCCUUAAAGAACUUUUCCGUAUCAAUUUCCUUAAACUUGUUAACAAGUUACUUCUUUUCUUUCCGUUAUGAAACCAUGACCGUAAAAAAAAUGAGUUUCGGAAUCAAACUUUAUAAUUGACAUUUAUACAAUUUUUCUCAAAUCACUUUCAUCACUAAACAAUUUCGAUUGAAUUAUUCUGAGAAAAACGUGCUUGGUUUGUGGCUUUCUAUUUAGCACACUUUAUUUGACACUUCACUUGUACCUUAAAAGACCCAUGUCCUUUGUGUCUGCAGUCCCAGGGGAUUGCAGCAGGGUCAUGGGUCCCCAGGGUGGGUCUUCGUGGGGGUGACUAUUCAUAUCUUCAUAGCUCAAUCCUUCACAUGUUUUUACGUAUACCCGUCUGCUACAUCAGGUGAUACACUCUCGGUGGUGUAUGAACAGCAAGUCUGGAAAUCUCGCGUGACACCAACAGUGCGUUCCGUUUGUUCAGAUCCGAUUAACAUAAAGUCAUGUCCCUUUUACCACUAUUGCUGCUCAAGUUUUCUCAUUGGCUGUUGAUAAAUGUAACUUUAAAUCAGGAGAGCUUCGUUUGGCUGUCAAAUCCCCUACUAGAUUAACCGCCGUACAUCUGUCGGUUCCAUAACUGUCAUACUCACCCGUCCUUAGGUUGACCUAUGGCCUUUGUCCUUGUAAAAGUUCUGUCCUUCAUCAGUAAAAAGCACUGAAUUUCCAAUUAGUCUGUAUAAAACGAGGUGCAGUCUCCAUUGCACUGGUAUUCCAAUCAUUCUGAAAGAAAAAUUCAGAGAUAAUUAUGCUCUCAAGUAGCAGCUAACAAAAUUUGUCGCAUGAUGGCAUAAAGUCUUUGACGAAUGUGUCGGCCAAUGAAACGGUGGCAGUAGAGCAAUGAGGGUAAAAGGCACUGAACCCCAGGCGUUGUUGGAUCAGGGGAGGUAACAGGGUCCAGGCAAUGGAUUAAAUUGUAUAUGUUCCGCGCUCAUCUAUGAAUUUGCAAAUGACAUUUCUAGCUGUGGCAUUGCUGGCUAACAAUCAUAUAGGUAAAUUCAAAUGCCUCUUGUCUUAAAGUAUUCGCACCGUGUGCGUUCUUAAUGAAAACCUCCAAUGCAUGUGUCCUUCGAAUGUGGACUGCCGAAAGCUUUGACAUUGGUCUGUGUUCACUCUCACGUAUAGGUGACUGGAACAGCUGUCCAGGCGAUAAUGAGCAGUUAAUAAUGCUCACUAAAUAACAUUUUUCUCAUCAUUAUGACAUAUGCAAACACCGCGAACGGUUGAAUACAUUCUUCAUAUAUUGCCUCGGGUACGGGAAUGAUAAUAGCUAAACCAUGACUGUAUAGAAGCUGUACAGAUUUGGUGUUGUGACAUUGACGGCAGUUGGCGGUACAAUGGCGGAACUACACACACAGCUGCGUAAUUAUAGGCCCUCGAAAAAUAACAGCUCCCCUGUUGCAGGAUUUGUGUUAUACAUCAUCGUCCUGUUUGAAAUGUUCUCCUGUGCCACAUUACGCCCAAGGCGUACACUAUAUCAUGGAUAUGUGUGGAGAUGCUGUACAACAUACUUUUGUGCAAACGUCGAGAUUCUCGGCUUUGCCAAUGAGAAAUAACGGUACAAUGUGGUAUCAUAUUUCCAGUGUAAUUAUGUAAUUUUUAGAAAAUCCAAAUAUGUUACAUAUAAAGCUGUGAUUGUCCGUACAUGAAACAUUUGUCAGUAUUAUACAUGUGCAUUGCAAAGUAAACAUUAUUGGUUUGUACCACAAAAUAUAUUCACUUCUACAGAAAGUAACUUAGAGGAAAGAUAACAUCAUUGAGAAUUUAUCAUCGGUAAAUAAUAGUGUGUCAUUUACCUUGACAAUUAUACCACUUCUGUAACGUUUUUGCUGUUACAGAUAUUACGUAAUGUGUGUAAUUUUGUUAUGGUGAGGUGUACUGCUGAUAUACAAGGUACUGGUCCAGCAUGAAAAUAAACCAGAAAGACUAACUGCUUUUUGUUAGUUGAUGUGGUAUAUAUUUGCAAAAUUUAAAACUAUACAAAUUAUGUAUUUAUUAAUGUAUUUGUUCUUGGCAUGAUACUCGUGGUUAUUUCAGUGAUUCCCCGGCUGUCAUUUCAAGGUAUACAGGGGAAAAUGGACAUUGUACCGGUGUGAACUGCAACGUUUUUACAAAUAGCUACUCAAAAAUUCCAGACGCAAACACACAUGCUUUAUGAGAGGCUCUGCAGUGUAGUCGCGUGAGCGACAUCUGGCUACCGAGCCAUGGGAUAUAGGCCAUGGUACAGAUACCAUGAAACACAA